GCAGUUGUGCGCCACCAUCGGGGCUCCUCGAAGAUGUAAAUUUCUCUCCAUCAAAUCGUACAGUCAGGCUGUAUUAUAUUUUCGGGAAUUUCUGAAUGUAGGAAAUGUGUUUUCAAUCCGAAUUCACAUGUUCGAUAGCUGUAUACAAUAUGUUUGCCUGUGCGUAAUUUGAAGAAAAUUCAUAGUUUCACUUCUUCAGGACAAGAGUUUCCAUCAAGCACCCUCCUCUCGACCCGAGCAUAAUAUUCGGUGCACCUUCGUCGUGCGAUAACUACGGCGGCGGCUACUUGUGGGGAUGUGUUACCGUGCAUCACCACACGGGGCUGGAGACUUUGUUGGAAAUCAUUGAUUCUUUUGCAUCUUGUUUUCUGGAUCACCCUUCAACCAGCAGACAAGCAAACCAAAUUGCGAGAUGGCUACGACUGUCCAGUAUGAUCUGGACACGUCUGGAGGCCUCAUGAUGCAAAUUCAGGCUUUGGUUGCCCCACCACAAAGUGAUGAACCUCCAAGAAAAUACAGAAGAACAGAGCCAAGGAGAACAGGAAGAGCAACCAAUAGAGACUCUUGUGAUAGCUGUACUGAGGGAGGAGAUCUUAUUUGCUGUGAUCGUUGCCCUGCCUCUUUUCACCUUCAAUGCUGUAACCCUCCCAUAUCAGAAGAGGAUCUACCCUCUGGAGAAUGGUUGUGCCACAGAUGCACAGUAGCACCCCAGCCUUUGAACACAGAGAUCACCCUCUCCGACACCAUCAAGUCCAUCGAGAAGGCGGAGCGCUCCGAGAGAGAGAAGAAGCAGAAGGAGGCUGCUGCUGGUGCUGCCACCGCCAAGGAGAAGGAGAAACAAGCCUCCUCCGCCUCACUAAGGCUCAAUGAUAGACUGAACGACAGACUGAUGAGAGAGGGAAGAGCAUGUUUGCGACUUGCCCAGAUCCAGGCUUACAACAUGCAUUCUAUGAAAUCUAUUCCUAUUUCCAGAGAGGCACAAAUUGAGGCUGGGAUCAUUCCAAAGGAGCCGCCCGAAGAGGGCGAUAACACCAACAUGACUGAUGGAACGGAAGAAGAGAAGAUGGAUGUCGACAAGGAGAAGGAAACGAUGGAAGCGGAGGAGGAGAAGAAAGAUGAGAAGGAGAAGGAGGAAGAGGAGGUAUAUGUCAAGUUUGAGAACCCUCUUAGCUACCUCAUCAAAGCAGUGGCCAUUCAGAAUCCCAAGCAGUUCUCUCUCCCUCCGGAGAUGAUGAAGCAUGAACCCCUGCCAGGGACAACAAAGAAAAAGAAGAAAGAAGAAUUAUCCAAGAAUUACAAAAAGCCUCAUGAAUUGGAUAACAUGAUGAUCCCGCUGCCAGCUAAAGUCUGCUUCACAUGUAACAAGACAUGCCGAGUAGCUCCCCUUCUCCAGUGUGACUACUGCCCUCUGCUGUUCCAUCGAGACUGCAUGAACCCCCCUAUCACCUCCCUACCCACGGGCAGAUGGAUGUGUCCGAACCACCCUGAAUUUGCCCUGCCAGCAUUCCAGAAUGGAGGUCACACAGAGCGGGUGAAGAUCUUCAAUCAGUUCCAGGGCAAGGUGGACCAGCAGGCCAUCAAGCUUCAGUUCAUCAACAAGAUACAUAGGAAUGGACCUCCCUGGAAGGAGAAGUGUAAAUGGCGCAAAGUAAUCAAGGUACCUGGAGCGAUCAAGAGCCAAUAUGCACUGCCUCCUCCACUACUCCCUCUUUGCCAUGAGCGCCCCCCUCCCAUGAUAGGCCCUGUGGAUGAGGUCAGGAAACCGGGUCCUCUCACCGCGCAGGAGGAACAAGAAGAGUGGUUGAAAGGUGUAGUGGCUUUGCAGACGAGUAUAGCAAGGCAUUUGGCUCACAAGGCACUACCGAAAGAACCGACAAUCAAACCAAAAAUCAUCACCGCGUCUAUGCUCUCCAAGUCUUCAUCGGCUCCGCCCAUAGUCACGUCCACACCGUCCAAUCACAGCGCAGCAUCCAGCAGUGCUACGUCAUCGAGCGUUACAUCAUCAAGCAUUGCGCCAUCCAGCGUUACGUCAUCAAGCAUUGCGUCCACCAGCCAGGAAACAAAAAGCACUACCACGGUUACGGCAACCGCCACGAACCCUAGCAGCAUAAAAGAUGCCGCAAGUGUCGUUGAGUCUUUGAGUAAAGAAUUUAGGACUGCUAAGCGGGAUGGUUACAAGUAUGAUUUGAUUGAUACGCGAGAACCAAAAAUUCGAACGGUCGCCGAUUUGAAGGCAUUGCACAAUGGGCCAUUCAAACCGAUCAACUCUAUUGUGUCAAACGGACCGUCGAGCUUGUACAAGAGCAAGACGGACCUCGUCCUAGAAGCAGCUGAACACCUGAACAAUCAUGUCAUGGUCAAGACGAAAAGCAACGGAACAUCGCCCUCUCCUGAGGAUAAGACGUUACAUGACUCUCCUGCGGCGAGUAGCAUUGUGAAUGGCGGUAUAACGAAUAUUGAUAACUCUGAGUCAAAGGUUGUGACCUCCAUACAGAGAGUGACCUCUUCUGGGGUCAAGUCACCACCAUCGGUGACCUACACAACGGCAAAGACAAAUGCGACGCCCUCAACGGUCAUGAUUAGUAGCGGGAGUGUGGUUGUGCCAUCGUCUGCCAAGGUGGUGUCUACGACGCAGGCGGGGAACCUCAAGUUCACCACUAUCACCAUGCCAACGAAGAUGGCCGUUGGUGUGGGUCAAGGGUCACCGGGAAUGACGGGGAGGGUAGUGACAAUACCAGCUUCCUCUGGUAAGCUGAGCCCUUCACCCCUGAACUCUGGCAAGAUCACCCCAGCUACCCUCGGCUCCUCACCAGCUAUCAUCAACCUCAACAGCUCUCUACAGUCAUGUAUUGAUGGCACUGGAGAAGUAGAAUUGAGUAAGUUGGAUGAGAGGCUGGUCCAGAUUCUUGCCUGGCAGAGAUUGCAGCAACUAUUACCUCAAAAGAAUCAGACCUUGCAGACUACAAUAGUCAACAAAAAAACCACUACCAACACCAACACAGUAUCAUCAUCAUUAUCAUCAUCCUCGUCGAUGUCAUCCUCCUACUCCUCAUCUCCCAGCACCAACGCCACCGUCAUCAACCAGGGUACCUCAUCACUGCAUUCGUUUAACACAGGCGGUACCACCACAGUCGGUAGUGUACCGCUUCACACCUCCACAUUGCCAUCACCAGGUACCGACCAUGGUGUCCCCUCCACCGGGCUAUCACAUACGGUGCGGGCCAGGGCCAUGGUGUGUCCUGUGAAUGGAAGAGGUCCCGGUACGCCAGUACCGAUGUGCUUCAGGGCGUUGCAUAUAGGAUCAGGAAAGGACAUGGAUGUUUGUUCAGGGAGCUAUGGGCAUUGUAAUUUUGUAUCUCCCAAGCACGCAUGUAUAUUCUAUGAUCAGACUACGAGGUUGUAUGAGUUAAUCAACUACAGUGAGUAUGGCACCAAUGUAGAUAAUGUCAUCUUCUCCUGUGACUCAUCAGAUAAAUGGUCAUCCAACCAUCCAAGAGCGUCCCCUAUGGUCAGGAAUGUUCGCAAGAUCAUCGACAAGAGGAAAGUGCGGUUCAGCGAGAGACUCAUGAAAGAUGGCAAGAGUCGUCAUGAGAUCAAACAAGAGAAAGAACCGGAGAUACCCACACGCAUGAGUGCCACGACCAACAACCAUUUCCAUCCGUGCGGUUGCCGUGGCGGCAGCAGCUCGGCGCUGCUCGGCGACAGCAAGGCAGGCUGGGAAGGCACCGCACUGUUGCAUCAUGGGAGCUUCAUCAGAAUCGGCUGCCUCGGCUUUGUAUUCAGUAUUACGGAAAACAUUACGAAAAUGACGCAAGCGCCAAAAUCGUCUUCGGCGAGUUUUCAUCCGGAUAACAAGAGGUCGGUCGUCGUUAAUUCAUCAUCAGCGUCAAUACCUGCUCGGAAAACAGUUACACAGACAAUUGUGAGGUCACAAUCGGCAACGUCAUUACCGUAGUGACGCAAUUCUAGAACUUCUCCGCUUCGGUGACCAAGUAUGUGAGGCAUUUUCAAACUUCCAAGAUCGCCAUGGGCUUUUCAACUGAAGAUGUAAUUUUUGAAGCAUCAGGCAACCCUCGUGGAUAAAAUAAAGUUUAUUUCCAAAGGAAUUAUCAUCGGAGAGCUGCUAUAAAACCAGAAGCUCUUGCAUGUUUCAAAUCCAACGAGACUUUCACGAGAGGCCAAAGUUCGCUGAAGUUUCAUGCAGCAAAAUCCAUGAAUGGCAACACUAACUUUUAUUUUGCAAUUCUUGUUGCCAAUUGCCACUAAAAUAACAUUCAUGAAAGCUUAAGGUCGCAGAAGUUUCUGGUCUUACAGUAAAUAUAUUCUUGUUUGAACAUUAUUUUAGUUUUUUUUCUACAAAAUGUAAACUUCCUGUCAGAUACAAAUAUGAUACUCUGGCUCAAUCUCAUUUAUGAGAGGUCAAUGAUGUCUUGUGCAACCUCUUUGGGGGUGAUAAGUAUUCAACGGUCUGCUGGUUCAGACUUACUUGCUACAUCGUGGUGUGUUCACAUUACAUCAUGGCAUGUUCACACAUUCUCACUCAUAUCCUGAUGACAUUGCUACUUCCUGGAGUUUGAAGGAUGAGUUAUAUCAGUAUGAGCUCUGAAAGUAUAGAGUAUGCAUUCUAGAUUCCCCUGUGUAUUCCUCCUUCAUUUUAAUGUUCUCUCAACAAGUUUUCUGCACAGCCCGUACCCCUCUCCGACCUCGCCCUUCCCCUUCCUCUCUCCCUCCUACAAUCAAAGUUUCCUGAAAGAUUGUUGUUUUGGACAGCCAGGUUCCCUUCCUCACCAUAUUCCCCUUCCUACACUGGAAGUUUCUUGUCUCAAAAAUUGUUGAUUUGGACAGCCCUGUAUCACAUCCCUCCUCCGCCUAUUCCCCUCCCAUAUUUUACGUUUCUUGUCUCAAAGUUUCUUCAAAAUAGCCUUGUAACCCUCCCAAACCCUAACUAUCCCAUCCUACAU